CAGACUAUUAGUUCAAAUAUUAUUGCAGACCAAUAGUACAAAAUCCCAAAUGGAACCCAAAUUCCUCUUCGUCGUAGGUUUCAUUUGGCUUAGUUUUAUCCCAGACAUCGAAGGCGGAAGCAGUGAAGAAUCUGGGGAAAUUUACGGAACUUUUUUGUUCAUGCCGAGCGAAUCUCAUGGAUUCAGUCAAGGCGAGCCUGAUCGAUCAAUUCCAGUUGAUUCACCAAGAUUCCCAAUACAAGAUAACACCGCGUCGCCGACACUGACAGGCGCAAGUGAUAGAGACACGGCAGGAUCGCCUGUGACAGACGGUGGAAUCGCCUUGAGAGGCGCCUUCGAUUUAACAGAUUCUCAGACAGGACAGACGAGUGGACAAACAGCUGGACAGACGAGUGGACAAAUGGCUGGACAGACGGGUGGACAAACGGCUGGACAGACGGGUGGACAAAUGGCUGGACAGACGGGUGGACAAACGGCUGGACAGACGGGUGGACAAACAGUUGGACAGACUGGUGGACAGGCAACAGGUCAAACAGGUGCUGGACAGACGGGUGGACGGCCAAUCGAACAGACGGCGGUGCAGACGGCUGGACAGACGAACAGGUCGCCCGUUUUCAACAUCUGGGAGUUCGCUAUGGUCCACGGCCCCAGGACGGGUGGUGCUCCGCCGGCCGGUUUCGCGGGUAGCAGCGUGGGGCUGAACCGCUGCGAGUGGGCCGUGGUCAGCUGCUGCGCCUCCUCCUCCCGCCGCAGGCAGCACGAUUGCUUCGAAGGGUUGCACUGCAGCGGCGCCUGGUUCUCCAACCCUUGCGCCCCCCGUCUGCAGCAAGCAGUUUAUGAACUGCUGUUGCAGCAGCGCCUUACCCAGGCUGGGUUGUAGGGAUUACGUAAAUUACAAGCGAGGAGCGUCGUAGUCACACAUCCUCCCAUACCCGCCGCUCACGCACCACUGCCACCUGUGGCAAGUCUCAGGCGCACCGCCCGCCGCCACCUGUGGCAAGUCGCGCAACAGGCAGCAACGGAUAACAUUUUGUCGAGGAUUUUCAGGCGAUCUUCGGGAAUGAAUUUAGAGGUUUUUGAGCGUACUUGUCUUCCGAUUUUGCUGUUUGGUUGCCUUAUUCGCCUUUACAAACAAAACUAUUUUGACCACAACUGAGUAUUUACUUCUAUAAAUACAUCCUAUCUAAUGUCGCUUGAACGGAAUUGAUGAAAUGUUGGGGGUUCAUUAUGGAUUUACAUUUACACAUUUAGAAAAUUCAUGUACAAUAUUGUAUCAUUACAUACAUCAGAAGAGAAGACCAGAUGCUAUAAUUGAUGUGGGGUAAGUAAGUAUGUCUGUUAAUGAAUCAGCAUGAAUCCUUUGUACACGAGAAGGCUGAAAACAUUUCUCGAUUUCAGCGAUAUUUCUUGAAUUAUCAAUAAUCUAAUUCGUUCAGAAUUAAUAUUUUCGUGUGCAUUGCUCCUCCUGAAGCUGUAUUAGCACUAUGAGUGAAAGUACACAUUUGUAAACAUGAGUUGUAAAGUCUCGGCUUGUAAAACAGGUGCUUGGGCAUGUGUUAUCUUGACCAACAAUUUAGGUAAGAAUAGCAUUAUAAAUGUACGGACAUAUACGUCAGCAUGGUCACUGAAUGGCGAGCUAACAAGGCUGGUAGGAACAGCAUUAUUAAUUUAAUGACGCAGCAUGGGCAGUGAAAUCAUGAAAAGAGUUAAAUCUAUAAGGAAAUUAUGGAAAUUUAAUUAAUUAAGGGAAAUACUAGCUUUAUUGCUAGUAUUUCCCAUUUAAAAAAGCUGCUGAGCUAUUCUAUCGCAUUGACUGCUUAUCACUAUUUUACAUUAAUACAAAUCAAGAAUUUUUGUACAAAAUGAAACAAUAUUUCAUUGUCGCUCAGUCUUUAUAGGAAAGAAAUGAAAUAAAAUUUCACUUAACCAAAUAAUAUUUCCAUAUUUUUUCUUGCGUGAGUUAAUUUACCUUUUCAGUUAAUUAAGCUAAUAAUAUAAUCAAUCGGCACUAAAGAUUAAGUAGCUGUCGUCAGUCGACGCAGCUGUGGAUAACAAUGGCGUAUAGGCAUGUUUUUGACUGAAAAAUAUGCAAAUAUUUCUUUCUAACUUGGCUCAGUCGAACUGCACUCUUUUUAGCGCAUUUUCUCAUUUAUGGAAAAAAUGCACUAUUGUG